GCCUCAUUUUCCAGGGGCGAGUUCUGCUCAACAGUAAAAAUCAAUGAAUAACGUGAGUCAAUUGUUGAGCUACUAGGACUAAUUUCUUGGAACACGAAGAAAUACGAGUAUAAUGCGAACCAAUCAGAUGAAAAAAUGUCCGUCAAAGUUGCCUCGUCUCCAUCAAUGCUUCGCCGUGAGUCGACGAACGAACGAAAAAAAGACCUAGAGUGGUUGACUUCAUCUCUACGAACGUCGAACAAGUCAUCUUCGGACUGUCAACCGCUUGAGCUCACACAGGACAGCAGGACAACAGUUGGGAAUACGAACAAUGGGAGUGGUAUCCAGCUACAAGGACAACAGCAAUACAAGACUGCGGCGAAGAGCAUCGACGAAUCGCGAAGGUGCAAUUUCUCCUUGCAGUCACGAAGAGAAAAGCGAGGGCAGCCUGGAGCAAGUCGAUAUGGAGACCUGUGAGCAAGAGAGCUUCAACUGAGACCUGCACGGACAUGACCAUCAUCCGCCCUUCAACCCCUUGAAAGUGGGUACAUCAACCUCUCAAAUUUCAAGGUUGAUAGAAAGUAGAUACAACAAUAAUCCUAGUAUACUUGUCAUUUUUCCAAGAUGUUUACGCUGGUAUUCUCUCCUUGUUGACAUUUUUCUUGAUGAAGAAAUAUCAACACAUUGGCUGCACUCUGAAGUUGUUCCACUGUGCAACUAUUGUUGGGUAAAUAUCCGUGUCGACGGAUGUGCAUCAGAUCAUUACGAACAAACACAAAAUCACCACGAUGAAUAUUUACAGUAAGAAGAAACCACUACGCACGAGCAGCUUCCACUGGGUCUGGGUAGUACAUCCUCAUCAUCAAGCUGAAAGCGCUGUGACGUGGUAGUAGUACCGUCACUAUAUAUGUACCAGGGCUCAGGGC